GCCACCUUUCACAUAUAUUCCUCGCUUCCGCAGGGCUCCGGCCAGCUGCUCCCAUAUUCCCCACCUCCCUCCGUUGUUUAGGCACGUCGAUCGCGAUAUCGUAUCAUCCUUGGCCCCUAACAUCUGUACUAUAUGUCUUUACCUAAAGCCUGGCUGAUGACCCGUACGUUGGUAAUGAGAACAUCUGAACAUCUCGUAGCUGUAAAGAGGUCGAUCGACCAGCCAACUUCAGGAAGCGGGGACCAAACCUAGCUGAUUGCCUUUGCCGCUGCAUCGAUCGCAUCUCAAAUUCUUAAAUGUUACUCGCUCCUACCAUGAGUGAAACAAGGAGACAAGGUUAUGUACUCUUUUUGUAGCUAGGUACCUGUCGUUUCUAGCUAGCACGCGCAAUGUGGCAUGCAAUCCAAGCAAUUAACCCUAAAUGCACCUAGGUAACGUGACUUCCGCUAGCCACUGCGUGAUCUCCUUUUCUCUUCUACAUUUUUUAUAUCAUUUUUCUCUUCUACAUAUAGCUAUAGGUUUAUAGCUCCCAUAGCCUCCACUGCACCAGCAUCGAUCGAUCCACAUGCAUGCAUAUAUAGGUCAGUAUACGCAGUAUCAAUCUACAUAUAACCUAUAGGUUGUAUAGUUCGUUAGUUAGAGACAAUUAAGCUAUAAUGGCGGGCGGCAGCAGCAAGAGGACGUGGGUGGUGGAAAUGGAGAAGACGGUGAAGGACGCGGACAAGUCGGUGGAGAUAUCCCGAUGGUCGAGCCACUGCAUCUACCGCGUCCCGUCAUGCAUCAAGGACAUCAAGAGCAAGGCGUACCAGCCGCAGGUGGUCUCCCUGGGCCCGUUCCACCACGGCGACCCCAACCUGCUCCCCAUGGAGGAGCACAAGCGCCGGGCGCUGCGCCACCUGCUCCGCCGCUCCGGCCGGCCACUCGAGGACUUCGUGGCCGCCGUGGAAGCGUCCGCGGCGCAGCUCGAGAGCGCCUACAUGGACCUCGGCAGCGAGUGGCGCGACGGACACUCUGCUGCCGUGGGCGAGGGGGGCUGCAGGGAGCGGUUCCUGGAGAUGAUGAUCGUCGACGGGUGCUUCGUGCUGGAGGUCAUGAGGACGGCCGCCGGGAAGCACGACGCCGACGACUACGCGCCGAAUGACCCCAUUUUCAGCCACCACGGGAUGCUGUAUAUGGUGCCUUAUAUACGCCGGGACAUGCUCAUGCUGGAGAACCAGCUUCCCCUGCUCCUGCUCCAGAGGCUCGUCGCCGUCGAGAGUGGAAAACCUCCGAAUGACGAGGUCAUCCACAAGAUGGUGCUAAGGUUUCUGGCCACAUCUUCCCGUCCACCACAAUCCGGCACAGGCCUCGGGCUGCACCCACUGGACGUCUUCCGCCGGAGCAUGCUCUUCGGCCCUUACCAAACCGUCCGGAGCUCUGAUGCGGACACGCUGGACACCGACAUCAUCCGGUCCGCGGUGGAGCUCUACGAGGCCGGGGUCCGGUUCAAGAAGAGCAAGUCGAGCAGCCUGCACGACAUCCGGUUCCGGCACGGCGUGCUGAGCAUGCCGACGGUGCCCGUGGACGACUCCACCGAGUACAUGUUCCUCAACAUGAUGGCCUUCGAGCGGCUCCAUGUCGGAGCCGGCAACGACGUCACGGCCUACGUCUUCUUCAUGGACAACAUUAUCGACUCCGCCAAGGACGUGGCGCUGCUGAGCUCCAAUGGCAUCAUCCAGAACGCCGUCGGCAGCGACAAGGCCGUGGCCAAGCUGUUCAACAGCAUCUCCAGGGACGUGGUGCUGGAGCCCGACAGCGCGCUCGACGCCGUGCAGCGGCAGGUGAAUGGGUACUUUAGGAAGCCGUGGAAUAUGUGGAGAGCAAACCUCAUACAUACUUACUUCAGGAGCCCCUGGGCGUUCCUCUCCCUCGCCGCGGCCGUCUUCCUCCUUGUUAUGACCAUCACGCAGACCGUCUACACUGUGCUGCCGUUCUACCGGGAUCAGGACAACAACAGCUCGCCUUCGGCUCCAUCUCCAAUGUGAUCCAACCGUGACAAAAUUCAUUGCCUGAUCCACAUGUUUGUUAAUCCAUCUGCACCAAGAGAUCCUGGCUACGAGAAUUAGUUUUGCUUUCCGAACUUUUUGGGUGUUGUUGUUGUACUCGGAGCGAAAGACAGGGAGGAAGACAGGCGUGCUUGUGACUAUGUUUGUUUUGUCUUCCUUUUAGUGUGAAUUUUGAGUUUUCUUCCUCUCACAUUGAAUUGUUGCUUGCUAUUGAUGUGUUA